GCCGGCCCUUCGCAGAGCAACGGGGCCGGGGGCGGCAAGCAGAGUAAGCAAGAAAUUCACAGAAGGUCCGCUCGGCUCAGAAAUACCAAGUACAAAUCUGCUCCAACCGCUGAAAAGAAAGUUUCCACCAAAGGAAAAGGGAGAAGACAUAUUUUUAAGUUAAAAAAUCCUAUCAAAGCUCCUGAAUCUGUUUCUACCAUAGUCACUGCAGAGUCAAUCUUCUACAAGGGAGUAUAUUACCAAAUUGGUGAUGUCGUUUCUGUGAUUGACGAGCAAGAUGGGAAGCCAUACUACGCUCAGAUCAGGGGCUUUAUUCAGGACCAGUAUUGUGAGAAGAGUGCUGCGCUGACAUGGCUCAUCCCUACCCUCGCCAGCCCCAGAGACCAGUUUGAUCCUGCUUCAUACAUAAUCGGGCCAGAGGAAGAUCUUCCAAGGAAGAUGGAGUACCUGGAAUUUGUCUGCCACGCGCCUUCUGAGUAUUUCAAGUCAAGGUCAUCACCAUUUCCCACAGUUCCUACCCGACCAGAGAAGGGCUACAUAUGGACUCAUGUUGGACCUACUCCUGCAAUAACUAUUAAGGAAACAGUUGCCAACCACUUGUAGUUACAAAACCAAACCUGGGGCAUCCCUACUUAGCAGGUAUAAAGCUUCAGUUUUAAUCCUAGAACAUACAUACGUGUCCCAAAAUAAAGCCAGACUUCCAGUUUUCUUAUAACAAGAUAUGCCA